ACAUUUUCUCCACAAUUUUUUCAAUCAAUUUGCUUAUCUACAUUAAUCAACUCUACAAAAAUUUGAAUUUAUUCUAUUUUUAUAUUUGUUUGUAUAAUUUAUUUAUUUUUUGGGUGUUUAUAGCAUCAAAUUUACCCUCUUCUUGUACUAAAAAUUAUGUGAACAAGGAGAUAAAGCUGAUGCAUAUACUAAUACGGUUGGCUUACCAGCUCAUUGCAUUUUUAUUUUAUUGCCUUUGUGCCAAAUGGUCCUACCGAAAUCCCAAAAUUUACGAUUUUUUUCUGUAAGUCCGAUGAUUUUUUUGUGAUUUAUCUUUGGCAGAUGAUGAUAUAUUAUGUAAAUGCUGAAUAAUCAUGUCGAUUAUUUACUCCGCUUAUUAUCUGAUGCCAUUUUGUCUCUUAGAUUCAGAUCUAAUGAAUGGUAUGCUCACUUACUCCUAAUUGUUUUUUUUUUUUUUUUUUAUGAUCAAUCCUUUUGCAGCUGAUUGUUAACUGUAAAUACUGAAUAAUUAUGUUGAAUUUUCAUUCUGGGUGUCAUUGUUUUUUUUUUAUGUAUUUAAUUUUUUUAUUGGGAGGCAAAUGAUGUUAAACAAAAUCUUAUACUACACACUGAAAUUAAAUGAAGAAAUUAAAACUCUCAAUUAAUUUUCUGAUGCCUCCUAAUUAAUUAUUAUUUUUGGAAUGUUUUGUUUAUUAAAUUAAUUUUGUUGGCUUAAUGAUGAGAUACAAGCAGACGGGCGGUCUGAAUUGAUGCCAUGUUGAUUGUCUGCACAAACUUCCAUUUAUGGAAUUUCUCUGAGAGUUGAUUGCUACUCUUAUUUAUUGCUAACAAAUUUUAGUAUCUAUUAAUUAAGUUUUGUAGUUUUAUCUGGUUGCAGUGAUGAACUUGCUAAAAUUAUGUCUGGACUUAUGAUAAAUCCAUGAUUAGUUAGUUGCAAUUUCUGAGCAGCUUAGUCAUUUCUCUGUUAAUAAGCAUUUUCUCUGUCGAUUGUUGUACGAAUUAUGAUUUCUAAUAAUAUUAAUGAGGGUAAUUUUGUACCAAGUUGAAUAGGUGGGUAUGUUAAGCUCUUUUCUGUUAGACAUGACAUUGAGCAACUACAUCUUAUUGAGGACAUGAUUGUAGAUAGGAAGGUAUACAGGACGCGAAUUAGGUUAGAGGGCUAGUUUGAGAGUCGGUUGUAGCUAGUAGAUAGUAUUGCUUUGGUGUAGCCAUGCUAGUAGUCGGGCUAUGCUGUUGGAGUUUUGUUGUUCGUAGGGUUUGGGGAGGUGUGUGCUUUUUGUUAGAUAGUGUAUAGUACUACUCUGUUGGUGUUUAAUUUCUGUUAUUUCAUAUUGUUAUAUGUUUUAUUACGGCUUUUUUUAUGGUCUCUAACGGAAUCAGUCUCUCUACUUCUUUGGAGCUAGUGGUAUGGACUAUACACACUCUACUUACCCUCCCUAGACCCCGCUAGAUCCCGCGGGAAUAUAUGGGUAUGUUGUUGUAUGAAUUUACAAUGGAAAAACUCUAGUUAAUGUUGGUGAUAAAUUGCAAUUAUAAAGUUGUUUAAUAUCUAAGUGUGCUCCUUCAGUUAACAAAUGAAUCUAUGCCACUUGUAAUCACUAAAUCCAUUUUAUUAGAGUAAAUACACAACUCUAGUUUUUGAUUGUUUCAACUAGUGUCAUUUUGUUCUUCAAAGUAAACAUUAUUGUGUGAAAAAUUGGUUAAAAAGAUCUGCAUUGUGAAAUCCUUUAAUGGCGGGGCUUCAAAAAAGAGUCUGCAGCAGGUACCGGUUAAUGGUAAACCCGUCUGCCGCAUGAAGCCUAAAUGAAUUAACAUCCAAGAUGAAGAUCCAUUUGAGUUAUUGUAUACUCUCUUGACACAAUAUCUUGGAUAUAUUUGUAUUUGUUUUCAAUUUUGUAUAUGGCAUUUCUCAGACAACGGGUAUUUUCUUCUUAUUCCUGUAAGAAAUUACCUUUUGCAUGGUGCCUAUACGUUGCUACUUAUCACGAUUGGAGGAUGUUGUUGUUUUCCCUCAACAUUUUCUUCAAAUUUAAAGUAGCCAAAUUGUUUUAACUAUCAAAUUGUUUUGCGGUGAUGAGGUGCUAACAUGUAAGGAGAUCUAUUUAAAGCUUGGAUCAGCUUGGAUCUUCGAUGAAAUUUGCUUGUUACGCUUGGCUUCUGAGCUUCGUUAUUGUCAAUGUACUACUAGUUUUUUUUUUUGAUAGAGAUUUGCAAAACCUGAUGAAAAAAAGCAGGGAUCUAUUACCUUAUUUGUGAAUGGGUCUCUCGUAAACUUCAGGGAUAUUAUAAUUGCGUUGUUAUUGGGUGAACCACUUGACCACUCAUGAUGGAAUGGUUCAGUAAACGAUGAUACAUACCCACUUGCUAAUUUAAUUUAUGAAGUUGUGUUUGCAUGAAUAAUAAUUGAAGGAUCACAAAUUCUACAGUGUUGGGUUGGAUGUUGUAGUAUUGAUUCUGGAGUUUGACAAAUUGCCAUCUUCUUUAACAUGGUUAUAUUUAGCUUUUUGGAAAUUGAUUGUCUUGAACUUGCAAUCUAAACUUGUUACUAUGUUUAAUUUCACUUGGGACAAGUGAGACCUGAAGUCGUCUUGUAUGUCUGCACACAUGAAAAUCAAUAAUUACAAUUUUAUGUAGUCUGUCCUUAGCACAAAUGGUUGCUCUUUAUGUAAACUUGAUAGGUGUCACUAUUCGAGCUGAGGUUCUGAUUGCAAUGGGCAUGUCGGAUCAGGAAGGUAUAUCUGACUUUAAGUGUGGAGGUACAAUGAAAAUCAAGAAAAGUCUUUUAAACUAAAUGAAAUAGAAGUCUCAAGACUUUGAAUAAAACAUUAUAACAAACAUUUUUUAAAAUCCAGUCUACGAAGUUUCUAGCAAAAUAAGAUUUGUCCAAGUUCAACAAGACCUUGGCAAUACCUCGUGGAGUGCGAGAAUGUGACUUCGAACUUACAUUAUUAGAUGAUAUAGUUGCUCAAGAUGGUCAAUACGUAAAAUGAGAUGAUAUAGUUGCUCAAGGACGAUCACGAUUAAUAUGUGUAAUGUACUGGCGCGUGGAAUGGCCAAAAAAAAACACUAAAUAAUAAUGAUAGGAAUCAACUCUGGAUAAAACAUUAUGGGCUUAGAAGCAAUAUAUCAGGAUGUAAACAUGGACUUCGAUUUAAAAAUCUAAUUUCCCAGGUUAUUUCGAAUUUCAUAAUUAUAGCCCAAACUGAUAAUUUGUUUAUGGGUCGGUUUCUAUAUUUUUUGGGUCGGGUUAUGGAUUUUGUAUUUACGUGAAUGGUUUAUUGGUUUGCGUCUUUGUAUAAUUUUCUUUUUGGGCUACCCGAUAUACCGAUGACAAAUAGGCUAUACAGUACAAGCAUUACCAGAUUAACAACAUUUAACAGCCCACAUAAAUUUUCCAAUACCUAUUAUCUUGGCCCAAAAGGCAACCCAAGCCCAAAGGGCAAAGGUAAUAGGGUUUAUGACUAUUCACUCACUCGCACUGUUUGCGCCUCUCUCAAGUCUCAUCUGUCUCUCUCUAAGAGUCUCACCGUCUCACAACAACUGCUCAAUUUUUGUUCAAUUUUCGCUCAAAUUUUGCUCGUCUGUUGGCUUGCUGCUCACAAUCGCUCACUUAGUUGAAUUUUCGCUCGAUUUUUGCUCGUCUUUUGGCUUGCUGCUCACAAUCACUCACUUAGGAUAUAGAGCUCGUUUGGAUAGAAUAAAAAAAAUUGGUUUUUAAGAACUGUUUUGAAAGUGCUAAAACUUAGUUGGUAGGCAUUCCAACUCAUUUUUCCUCUUUCUCCACCAAACUAAAAAGAGAAGAAUGACGACGGCGGUAUGGACGACAAUGACUGAGAUCAUCUUGCAGUACACGGGGUUAUGGCCGACAGCGUUCUUCACCAUUGUAGCGUUGAUGGUUGUGACUUACAAAGUUGUUUGUGGCAUGUUCUUCUCUGCUGAUGACUUUGUUCCCAUCAAAAGACAGCCUCUCCACCUCGGCGACAUGACGGAAGAGGAACUUAGAGCUUAUAAUGGCUCUGACUCAGAAAAACCAUUGUUGAUGGCUAUCAAAGGAAAGAUCUACGAUGUCUCUACCUCCAAGAUGUUCUAUGGUCCUGGUGGUUCAUAUGCAAUGUUUGCUGGAAGAGAUGCAAGCCGAGCCUUAGCUCAGUUAUCAUUCAAACCUGAAGAUAUUAAUGGGAACCUUGAAGGCCUAAGUGAUGCUCAACUUGAAAUUCUGCAAGACUGGGAAUAUAAAUUUAUGGACAAGUAUGCCCAGGUGGGACAGCUUGUUCCAAAGAAAACACCAACUGAGAAUAAAGCAGAAGAAGAAAGUGUUUGGGAUAGGACUAGUGCUGAAGGCAUCAAAAGCAGAUAUGCUGCAGGAGAGUAGAAUUGUUGAAGAACAUCGAGUACAGAAAGACAGCCACCCAUGACUGCAGAUUCUUGCUGGCAGAUUCUUGCUGCUCUAUCUGUACACUCUUUAAUUCAGAGAAACAAAUGCGAUGUAAGUAGUUCGUGCUUUUCUCUAGUGGACCUCCAUUAAAGUAUGUGCUUGUACAUUUCACACGAUUCAAACGAUGCCAUGUUGAUUGUCUGCACAAACUUCCAUUUAUGAAAUUUCUCUGAGAGUUGAUUGCUA